AAAUAACAAAGUUGCAUUGGAGUCAGAGGAGUGCGAGCUCUCUGCUCUCUUGAUCAGUUGAUCUUCGUCCCCACGCGUACGCGGGUAACUACUGAAUCAGGAUUCCGGAAAGAUUUGAACAGUUAUCAGCUUUUAAAGUUUCUAGCAUCAAUCCGGAGAAAGAAAAAGGGGGGAAAUUCCAAAUUAAUGUAAGAGACUUAUUUCCAGUUACCAAAAAAAUCUUGUUCACAUUUCGUCGUCUCCGAGCAGCUCCGAUGGCGUCCGUCUCGGGCGUCUGUACUUCAUCUUCGUCGACAUUCAAACCCGAACGAAUCACCUCUAGAGCAACAAGAACAGCAACUACAGCAUCAGCUUCUCUUUCUCCAUCUCUACGAUUUCUUCGAAAUGAUUCUGCAUCAUGUCCGAACCGUUCCAAACUUGUCAGCCGGCCUUGCGAUCGGCUUCUUCAUCUCAGGCCGACUCAGUCCGUUGCUCGAGAAGCUCCAGCGAAUUUCUCGAGUUCGGAGGUUGUUCCUAAAGAGAGUAAGGGAUUGGAGAAGGACCCAAUCUCUCUGUGGCAUCGAUACGUUGAGUGGCUUUACCAGCACAAGGAACUAGGGUUGUAUCUUGAUGUGAGUCGGAUUGGAUUUACGGACGAGUUCUUCAAGGAGAUGGAGCCGAGGUUCCAAGCUUCUUUCAGGGCCAUGGAGGAGCUAGAGAGGGGAGCAAUUGCUAAUCCUGACGAGGGGCGAAUGGUUGGCCAUUACUGGCUUCGGAGCUCUCAUCUUGCUCCUACGCCGUUUCUCCGCUUGCAGAUUGAUAAGACGCUAGACGCCAUCUGCAAAUUCGCCGAUGAUGUUGUCGGCGGUAAGAUUAAGCCUCCAUCAUCUCCAGCGGGCCGCUUUACCCAAAUACUUUCUGUGGGGAUUGGAGGUUCAGCUCUGGGACCACAGUUUGUUGCAGAGGCUUUGGCUCCAGAUAAUCCUCCUCUUAAGAUACGAUUCAUUGAUAACACAGAUCCGGGUGGAAUUGAUCACCAAAUUGCACAGCUUGGAUCUGAAUUGGCUUCAACACUUGUUAUAGUGAUUUCCAAGAGUGGAGGUACCCCUGAAACUCGAAAUGGUCUGUUGGAAGUACAGAAGGCAUUUCGUGAGGCUGGCCUUGAUUUCUCAAAACAGGGUGUUGCUAUUACACAAGAAAAUUCUUUGUUAGAUAAUACAGCAAGGAUUGAAGGUUGGUUAGCAAGAUUUCCAAUGUUUGAUUGGGUGGGAGGUAGAACAUCUGAAAUGUCUGCAGUUGGUUUACUUCCUGCAGCACUCCAGGGAAUAGAUAUUAAAGAAAUGCUUGCAGGCGCAUCCUUAAUGGAUGAAGCAAAUAGGACCACCGUGGUAAAGAAUAAUCCUGCAGCUUUGCUGGCUUUAUGUUGGUAUUGGGCUUCUGAUGGAGUGGGAUCAAAGGAUAUGGUUGUACUUCCUUACAAGGACAGUCUCUUACUUUUUAGUAGGUAUUUGCAGCAGUUGGUUAUGGAGUCACUUGGGAAGGAGUUUGACCUUGAUGGCAAUCGGGUGAACCAAGGACUUACUGUCUAUGGGAAUAAAGGGAGCACAGAUCAGCAUGCCUACAUUCAACAACUGAGAGAGGGGGUGCACAAUUUCUUUGUUACUUUCAUUGAAGUAUUACGUGAUAGACCCCCUGGUCAUGAUUGGGAGCUUGAACCAGGUGUUACAUGUGGUGACUAUUUGUUUGGAAUGCUACAGGGAACAAGGUCAGCCCUUUAUGCCAAUAACCGAGAAUCCAUUACAGUCACUGUGCAAGAAGUGACUCCUAGAUCUGUGGGGGCUUUAAUAGCACUUUAUGAACGAGCUGUUGGGAUCUAUGCUUCACUGAUUAACAUCAAUGCUUAUCAUCAACCUGGUGUAGAAGCUGGGAAAAAGGCAGCAGGGGAAGUACUAGCUCUACAGAAGAGGGUUUUGACUGUACUAAAUGAAGCUAGUUGCAAGGAGCCUGUUGAACCUUUGACGCCAGAAGAGAUAGCGGACCGUUGCCAUGUUCCUGAAGAUAUUGAAAUGAUAUACAAGAUUGUUGCACAUAUGGCAGCUAAUGACAGAGCAAUUAUUGCUGAAGGCAGCUGUGGUUCACCUAGGAGCAUUAAAAUUUACCUUGGGGAGUGUAAUGUUGAUGAGCUGUAAGCCUGAGCUGUACAAGGAAUUUUUUUUUUCAGUUGUAGGAAGGGUUCCAAUCAAUGGUCUCUGGCAAUGAAAUAAAAAUAACCCAUCCGUAUGAAACAAGGAAAAUUUCAGUUGGAAUCUGCCAAUGUUUCUAACCAACUGCACCAUUCAGAGAGAGAAGGCUAAGUUUUGAGUAUUUUUUGGUGUAAAUUAUACAUCUUUCAGUCUGAUAUCUCAUUGGCUUGAAUUCUGUAAUCUGAUCUCAAUAAAUUGGUUACAUUCACACAACUCUUGUUUACUUUAGUACCUGUGUGAAUCUUGUUACUUUCUGGUCCUCUCAUUGUUCUAUCAUUCUCAUCUCUUUGGCGCUUUA